GACAGAUCUCCGCACCAAAACCACACGCCUCGCCCGGCAGGUAACACGCAGAUCCACUGGCGAAGGAAGCGCUUCAUUUCGUCACCUCUCUGCCUUUCUCAUUCAUGCAGCUUCCUUGCAGCAGACGUCCAUCCAGACGGCCUGCUCAUCCUGAAACCACAACCAACGCGCACCAGGCGAUGCAGGAUCUGCGCAAGCGCAAGAGGCUGUUGAGCGAAUCGACUCGUUCGUGCCUGAAGGCGUUGCGCAAAAAAAGGCUGCUGGGGAUACUGAAGGUUAAAGCGAAGAAGGUGCGGGUACGGGCAACACACACACACGCACAGAGAUGCAACAGACACACCCAUGUGUUCAUGUUUCAGUCGUCGCUCAAGGUUGCGGCAACCUACUGCAGCGGAGGGGAGGCGCUUGACCAGUGCGGCGGGCAACGGCAAAAGGUGAGGAAACAGACAAGGACACGCCAACAGCGGAGCAUGCAUGCACACACAUAUGUUUCCUUUCUCCAGCUCACCUCAAUGCUCAUUGAACAACUGCUUGCUGCGCUGAGGGCCAAGCAGAAGGCCAAGACGCAGGAGCAGCAACGAGGUGAGGAGCCUCUCGGGCAAGUGGAGCCCACCGGCGAGACCGAGCUGCCGGUGGAGGCCACAAGGGCGCCGGGUGGCGAGGAAAGAGACGGGCAGGAGGGCGGCAAGGUCGAGAAUGAGGACCUCGACGAUACGAGAGCGGCGGCGCCCCUGGUGAAUGUCGAUGAAUUCCGGGUCUAUCUGGCCCCAGGUGGUGACAGGCAGCCUGUUGAGGAGGCCAAGGCACGGCUGCGGGGGUUGCUGCAGCUGGCGGGAAAGAACGCAGGGAGGAGAGGCUGUCUUGCUUGAUGUGUAGGGGGGUUCUUUUCUUUUCCCUCUCUCUAGUUGGUGCGGAUUGCACGGCAGGCAGUCAUCGAUGGCUGGCCGGCCGGUAGGUUGGCCGAUUGCGUCUCGACACAGACAGAAAGACAGACAGACACCAUAAUAGGCCUGUCUGCCUGCCUGUAUGUCCGUAUCCAUGAGUUAGCUAAGCGGUACUGAAUUGAACCGUCAGUGUGUCUAAUGUCUUUCUUUGCCCUGACUUGGCCCAACGUACUGACUACCACGGGCCUGAUCCGACUUCACGUAGUGCCUGCCUCGGGGAUCAGCACUUGUGGAUUAAGUAAGGGGCCCUUAGUGACGUGACGUCCGCUUUCCACACUGAUUGAUCCCCCAAGGCCCUCACGUGCACAGGCGUCUAUGUGUGUAUGUGUGUAUGUAUG